CGUUGCCAAUUCAACCAAACAGGCUCGACUUUUUGCUGGCCCAAGUAAUUGCAACGACUUCUCCCAAUUGCUUCCUUCUCUAUACGUGUACGGCCUAGAUCCAGCUACUCUACACGUGUCGGAAACCCACAUGGCUAUCGUUUGACACUUAAACAUAGAGUUACUCACCCCCCAUUCUUCGUGAAUGAAAUGGUCAGAUUCCAAAGCGAGGCAACCUCAAGUUGCUCGGCUUUUAAAUCUCCCUCUCGUGCACAUGUGUGUGUGUGUAUAUAUAUAUAUAUGUAUGACUGCCUUUAACCUUUUCUCUCAACAACAAGCUGCUAGAGUUCAUCUAACCGAUAUUCAUAAGGCACCGAGAUUCGCAGCCUUGGCUUGCUGUCUAGCAAAUCAGCACUCCAGAAAACGUCGGUCGGAAAAGCUAGAAAAAAGAAACAAAAAUCAUGGUGUGUUUCUGCUUUCUCGUUGAUCAGACAAGGAAAGUGAGCAGAAGUAAACCGGCGGCGGGGUUUUGCUCGCGGUGCGGUGGGGGAGCUAGUGUAGCUGAUAUGAAAACUUCUACAAGGUUUUGCUAUGUGCCUUUUUAUUGGAAAUCUUGGAGAGCAAUUAUAUGUACUUUUUGUGGAGCAAUUCUUCGAUCUUACCGUUGAAUUCAUGGGAUCCUACUAGUGUAUCUGCUUUUGCUUUUGCAUCUUUUUGCAAGGUCUAACAGUAAAUUUAGCUGGAAUCCGUAAUAUGUAUGAUUUCCAUUCUUUAAUAAUUAGUUUAAGGAGUGAUGUCCUCAUUCUCAUUUACAUUUAACAGCCUUCAGUUUUGUAUUUUUGCUUCCUUUUUCAUUUUUUUCCACUUUUUUUUCUUCCAUUUGACUCUGUAAUGGGUUUAAUCUAGCGACUUGGUUCUGUAACA